AUGAAGUCAGGUGUUGAAAUUGAUGGUGUUGAUAGUAGACUGGGGUAUUCCAGACUUUUGGCCAAGUCGGAUGCCAAGAGCCAGUACCUUUAUCUGGUUCAAGAACUGAAAAAGUUGGGAUCUCUCGCAUAUCUCCCCCUUGUCGAAGCUAAGGGUCACCCCGCCAUCUUCUUUGCCAAUGCCUCAGCGGAAGACGAUAAGACACUAGACUUCAUUCUCGAGGCUUGGAACAAUCAAUCUCCAGUUAUCGUCGCUGGUGGUUACACCCCGGAAUCAGCAGUAUCGGCUGUUGAUGAUCAUUACAGGAAAUGGGAUGUACUCAUCGCUUUUGGCCGUCAUUUCCUCGCCAACCCCGACUUAGUCUUCAGAGUUCAGAAGGGGUUGGAGCUGAACAAAUAUAACCGAACAACAUUCUAUAUCAAUAUGUCGGAGGAGGGUUACAAUGAUUACCCUUUCCACCAGGAGUUCUCUGAAUACGCAACAGCGGCCUGA